CCCCAAAUCGUCAUUAUCCUCUCGGCGAAACCUCAUUAUCGCCGACAGCUCACAACGCCGAUGCGACCUCGUGCAUCUCCUUGUUGAUGCUUAGUAUUAGCGUGUCCUAAUCACCUUGCUUACGUGGCACUUGCCGAUUCCUCACUUAAUCUUAAUCCCUCGAAUUUGUUUUUUUUUCACCGCAUUUAAUUAAUUUAGCUUGCAUUUCAAUUCAAAUUUAAGUUGAUUCGUUGACUUGUUCUUUGCGCGAUUAGGAAAAGGGGAUUUAGCUGUUGGUGUAGUGGGUGGAAGGCUAGAAGGCGAUGGGCGCGGUGGAUUCCUCGAGGUGAGGAGGAGGUGAUGUGCUCGGCGGCGACGGCGGCGGCGGCGCGGCGGCGAUGGAACUCCCGUGGCUGGAUCUGCCCUUCACGCUGCUGACGCUGCUGCUGGCGACGCGGCUCGCCUACGACUACUACGGCGUCGUCGCGGCCACCUUCACGGGGAGCUUCUCGCUCCAGAUCUUCCUCUUCUACUGCUUCGCGCGCUGGUACCGCCACACCAUCGCCGCCCGCGCCGCCGCAGACGCCGACGGGGAUGGCGGCGGCGGCGCGGUGGCGGAUGAGGAGGCGGCGCCGCCCGUGCUGAUCCCGCUGCUGGAGGGCCGGGGCGGUGGAGGCGGGGGCGCGGGCGCGGCGUCGUCGCUGGCGAACCGGUGCUUCGCCGUGGUGUUCAUGGUGUUCGUGCCGCUGGUCAUCGUGGUGUUCGAGCGGAGCCAGGCCGACGUCGUGGCGUACGCGCUCUGCCUCGCCAACAUCCUCGUCAUGGUCGUCUGGCUCUCGCCCGACGCCGCCGCGGACCCCGCGUCGGCGGCCAAGUCGUUCCUCCGCCUCAGCGACGACGAGGACGAAGGCAGCUGCAGCGGCAGCGGCCACGGCGCCGCCGAGGACAAGUGCUGCGUCUGCCUCGCCGGGAUGCGGGAGGCGCAGGCGCUCCGCGACCUCCCCCGGUGCGGUCACCGCUUCCACGCCAAGUGCAUCGGCAAGUGGCUCACGGCGCACCCGACGUGCCCCGUCUGCCGCACCACGGCCGUGCCGCCGCCGGCGCCGCUGCCCGCCAGCGGCGACCAUGCCGACGACGCCAUCACCCCUGUCUAGCUCUGCACAUAGUCUGACAGACAAACUCAGGUAAAUUAAUUUCUUGUGCUAUUAAUCUGUAAAAUUGUUGGGAAAUUUUUUUCUUGAAGAUGUUGUAUAUAGAUAUAUAGCUGUAUGAAUGAAUUGCCUCCAAUUUUUCAUGCAUCAAUUGGAAAGAAUGGUAAGUAGUAGUAAUCUGUAAAUUCUUUUGUAACAUUGCUCUAUGAAGAUUCAAGAUUGUGAUAAGAGUUGCCUUGCUUGUUCCGUGAAAGGCACAA